AUGUACUACAAGUCACUCUUCCCUGACCUGCCAAAGGUACCCGAAUCAAAUGUUCACCACCUGCUCUUCAACCGACCUGACCAAAGGGAGCGGCCAGAUUAUACUUUAUUCAUGAAUGUAGCUACUGGCCAGCGGCGUUCGUUCAGGGAGUUCGUCAAGCGUGUCCGCGAUGGCGCUACUUCACUGGGUGCCGAUGUGGCGCAGGGUGGUCUAGGUCUUCGUCCAGAGAAUGGAGAACUUGUCGGUAUCCUGAGCGAGAAUUGCCCGGACUAUGUUGCCCUGAUGCAUUCAUUACUCGUUAUCACAGUCCCAUUUGCGCUGUUCUCAUCCCACACAACGCCAUAUGAGUUCAAACACGCUAAUUCGCUGGCGCACGCGACUAGGAUUUUUACUAGUCCUUCUCUAUUACCGCUCGCUUUGACUUCGGAAAAACGGCAACACAAGCUCGUCUCCUCUGCUCGCAAGAAUAAUAUUCCACGAUUGCCAGUCCGUCAUGCAACCAAGGACACUCUGACCUACCCGAUCUAUUCCAGUGGAACAAGCGGUCCUCCAAAAGUAUACGCAUGCUACAGCACUAAGUACCCGCGAUAUAGAUACCACGUCACGACCAUAUUGCUCGUCCCCUCACUCAUACACCAGCUCGUCCACCAUCCGCGCUUCAAAACUACUGAUAUGAGUUCGGUUAAGUCACUCGCCAGCGGCGCCGCGUACCUCCCGUCCCAGCUUGCCGACCAGCUUUGCACACGCUUCCAAGAUAAAGACAGAGUCGCCGAAGGUGCUUCCGCAUGCUAUGGCAUGUCCGAAUUCACGAUGACCAUCGCUAAGAACAAACCAGGCUCUGUUGGAAUUCUCGUUCCCGGCGUGGAAGCUCGCAUUGUCCGUCCCGACGGAUCCCUCGCAGGUCCAAAUGAGCCGGGUGAGCUCCUCGUCCGCGGAGGCACUGCGGCAUUGGGAUACAGGGGAAACGAAAAGGCGACACGGGAAACAUUUGUCGACGGUGUUGUACUGACCCCGUCCUCGCAGGACACGCUCAAGAUCUCAGGAAUGCAAGUCUCCCCCGUCGAAAUCGAGAACACGAUCCCGGCGCAGCCGGACAAGCUCAUCACUGACGUAUCGGUCGCAGGCAUUUCGGGGGGCGCGCUGGGUAAGAAAGAGGUCGUGGCACGACUUGAUACGUGGGUGCAGGGGCAGCUAAGUCGCUAUAAGUGGUUGAGGGCGGGCAUCAAGAUUGUGGAGACGAUUCCGAAGUUGCCGACUGGGAAGGUGUUGAGGCGGGUAUUGGUGGAGGAGUAUGAAAGGGAGGUGAAGGCGAAAUUGUGA